CAUAGUUGUGGUUUUGCAUAAAUCCAUUCAGUUGAAAAUUGUAAAGGGCAAGAGAUUUCUAUUCAUCUGGAAUUCUUUCCGGUUGGCUAUAUUCCGUAUGGCAACGGCAUUCUUGUGCCAAACUUGUUUCUGUCCUUCAAAGGAACAGUUUUCUAUUUUAAAAAAAGCAAAGAGAAAAUCUGUUUGCUGUAGUUCUAGGGUGACUGUAUUUCCGUUCGGAUCAAAGCGGCGACUAUAUUUUGGACCCAGUCAACUCUGUAAAAGCUCAAAUACCGUUACUUGCAAACUACUGCCCAAUUUUUUUAGUAAUUUAUUGUUCGGUUUCUCAGCUGGUUGUAUUGCGUCACUUGUAGGAGCUGGAGGAGGUGUUGUAUUGACGCCUCUUUUUGUAACAUUCUAUGGACUGACUCAAAAACAAGCACAAGGAACAUCACUUGUUGCCGUUAGUUUCAAUAGUCUUGUCGCUUCUUUCAUAUACUUCUUGGGUGGAAGAGUCCUUUUGCUACCGGCAUUUUUUCUUACGUUGACUGCAGUAAUUUGUGCUCGCGUCGGAGCGAAAGUUACAAGCAAACUUGAUAAUCUUUUUUUGCGUAAAUGUUUUGGUUUUCUAUUGAUUUUCCUAUCACUAUUACUACCAUUGCGUCAAUAUUUGCAGGUAUCUUUGGGGAGAAUGCCUAUGCCAACGCAGGAAAAGGGCGGUCUCCUAUCCAUUGCGUUAUAUUUGUUUGCGGGAAGCAUUGCAGGCUUUUUAUCGGGCCUAUUAGGAAUAGGAGGUGGCAUUAUUCUUGUGCCAUUUCUAGCUGGCGCUUUAGCCAUACCCCAACACUUUGCUCAGGGAACUGCGUUGCUUGGUAUGCUUCUUCCUUCGUUCUCUGGAAGUUAUGUACAUUGGUCGCAGCGAAAUGUAAAUAAAAACUUGCUUCCUGGUGUUGUUACUGGUAUCAUUUUUGGUUCUUUUUUGGGAAGCAAUUUGGCGUUGUUAUUCUCGGAGCGUUUGCUUAGAAUUGUUUGUUGCAUUGUAUUCUUUCUUAUUGGUCUUCGAUUUAUUUCAACCAGUACACAGUGAGGGUUUCUGGAAGCCAUUGAUAAUAAAGUUGUAAUUGUUAAA